AUGCUCCCUCCCAAAUUAAUAAUGGCGUCUUCUUCUACGCAUUUUCUUUGCAAUUGCAUUCCUCCUUUCAAAUCCCCAACACCAUUCAACUCUCCAACAACACUAACCAGAACCCCUCCUCCUCCUCAUUACUUUCCACGUCUUCGACUUCGUGUUUCACUCAAAGCUUCUCCUCACAACAAGAAUCCCAUCACUGAUGAUGAUUCUGUUGAUACUCUACCCCCUAAACCCCCUUCUCUACUUCCUCAAUUCAGAAAUGGUUGGUUUAAAUUUGAUGAACUUGGAAUGGAGAUGCUGUCCAUUGCUUUACCUGCUGCUGUUGCACUGGCAGCUGACCCGAUUGCAUCAUUGAUCGAUACGGCGUUCGUUGGACACAUAGGAGCUGUUGAACUAGCUGCAGUUGGGGUUUCAGCUUCUGUGUUUAAUCUAGCGUCGAAAGUAUUCAAUGUUCCUCUACUUAAUAUUACUACAUCCUUUGUUGCCGAGGAGCAAGCGCUGAUUGGAAAGGAGGAAGAUUCUGGUGGGACUGAGGAAAAUGGCAUGUUCCAACGCAAGAAGCUCCUUUCUUCAGUAUCUACAUCUUUAGGACUUGCUGCGGCUCUUGGAAUUGCUGAAACUGUAGCACUUUCACUUGGCUCUGGCACUCUUAUGACUAUCAUGGGUAUAGCUGUUGACUCUCCGAUGCGAGGACCUGCCGAGCAUUUUCUUACAUUGAGGGCUUUUGGGGCUCUACCAAUUGUGAUUGCAUUAGCUGCACAAGGCACUUUUCGUGGAUUUAAGGAUACAAAGACGCCUCUAUAUGCCGUUGGUGCUGGAAACUUUCUUAAUGUCAUACUGGAUCCAAUAUUAAUAUUUCUUUGUGGUCUUGGCAUAAGUGGUGCUGCAAUUGCUACAGUGAUCUCUGAAUAUUUAAUAGCUUUUAUUCUUCUAUGGAAUUUGAAUGGUAAAGUGCUGCUAAUCCCAUUUGACUUCGACGGAAUAAAAUUUUUCAGCUAUCUGAAAUCUGGUGGUCUUCUAAUUGCCAGGACUUUGGCUGUGUUUAUAACUAUGACACUCACAACAUCUUUGGCAGCUAAGCAGGGCCCUAUACCUAUGGCAGGCCAUGAAAUUUGCAUGCAAGUUUGGCUGUCUAUUUCUUUGCUCACCGAUGCUCUGGCACUGGCUGGUCAGGCUCUUCUUGCCAGUAGUUACUCACUGGGAAAUUACGAGCAAGCACGCCUCGUCAUAUAUAGAGUGAUACAGAUUGGUUUAGGAGCUGGAAUCACUUUGUCGAUUAUCUUAUUUGUUGGGUUUGGAGCAUUUUCUACCUUAUUUAGCUCAGACUCGGAAGUUCUGGAUGUUACUCGGUCAGGUAUAUGGUUCGUUGCUGGAUCUCAACCAGUGAAUGCUUUAGCAUUUGUUAUUGAUGGGAUUUAUUAUGGGGUAUCAGACUUUGAAUAUGCUGCUUACUCGAUGGUGCUGGUUGGAUUAAUUUCUUCAAUUUUCAUGCUGGUGGCCGCUCCAGUAGUUGGACUUCCUGGAAUCUGGACAGGAUUGUUUCUCUUCAUGAUGUUGCGUGUUCUAGCUGGAGUUUGGAGAUUAAGCAGCAGAAGCGGCCCAUGGGAUGUGAUAUGGUAUAAAGAUGGAGCAGAAGACUGA